UCUCAGUUAAAGCCUGCCAUGCCACAUCUAACUAGGUCAGAAUGAAUUAGUUCUCAGUAACAUGCACUUCUCCAGAGCUAAGGAGACUUUACUCGAUUUUCUUUUCCCCCUUGACAGAAAGUAAGCGAGUUGCUCGAUGAUACGAAAGAAGAGGCGGACUGGGAAUUUUUUAUGCAUUUUUUUCUUUCAAAGUAAAUUAAAAAGGAGAAGAUGAGAAAAAGAAAGGAAUGACUUGGAAAUGAAAAUUACAAUUUCAUUUGGUAAAAGAGAAGAGAAAGGGAAGGUUGGCCAAAGCCCUGAGUCACAAGUCCUCUUGUCAUCACGGAUUUGUCCUGUAUCGUCUCGGCGGAGAUCCUCCAUCGGGGUUCGGAAACUUAUGUAGCACUAUUCGGUUUGUAUUGAAAUAAUGGCAAGUAUCAGGGAUUUGACGCAGAAGUUCCGGGAGGCUGUGCGGGCUGCAGCAGUUGCAAAUAAUUAUGAUGAGGGAAAGUUGGCGAAAAUCACGUCGUCUCUCAUGCUGCAUUCGACCCCUCCCCGCUCGACAUUUUAUCUGACAGCCAUUAAAAUUGCAGAGAGUAUUCGAGACUUGCAGAAAUUUGUUGCUAGUCAUGGGAAGGAUUAUGCGGAGAAGCAUCGGAGCACGGAGCAGGAUCGUGAUAGUAUUGAAAAUGAGGUGGGUUUGUUUGUGAAGGCUUGCCGAGAUAGUAUUGAAGCCCUAAAAAAUAGCAUAGGUAUGGAGGAGAAGAAGGCAUAUGGUUCCAACUGGCUACAAGCCUUGGGAAGAGGAUCCCCAAAUACAGACUGCAUCGCUCAUCAACACGGUGUGGUGUUAAUUCUUAGUGAACAGCUCCAUGCAAUCACUGAAGAUUUUGAUAAACUAAGGAGUAUACGGUUUGAAGAAACAGUCAGAAAGAAAAUGCACAAGCGUCGCAAGGGUAUCGAAAAUUUGCCCCCUCCUGAAAAUGUCCCCGCUCCUGCUGCUUAUAAUGAUGGUUAUUCUAAUGACUGGCUCAAAGAAGAACCAAGGAUGCUGGAGAGUAGACAACAGUUAAUGGAUCAAGAAACCGAAGCAUUGCAGCAAGAGCUUACAGAAAUGAUGAAUAUGACUCAAGAGACAGAAAGGAAGAUGAUAGAGCUAUCUGCGUUGAAUUAUCUCUUCUCUACGCAUGUCCUUCGUCAAGCUCAGCAAAUAGAAUCAAUUUACAUGAAGGCAAUGGAAGCCACAAGCUUUAUGGAGAAAGGUAACAAAGAGCUAGCCAAAACGCAACAACGCAACAGUAGUAGCCGCCUUUACAUUAUCCUAAUCUUCACCGUCCUUACAACUACUCUUCUCUUUUUGGACUGGUAUAAUGGAUGAUUUUCUAGCCUAUAUGAUUCAGAGAUUGAUGUUUAGAGGUUUGGUUUUGGGAACGUGGCUGUAAAUAAAUGAUGCAGAAUAUGAUGCGAAAUUGGUCCCAUGAA